AUGGAAGAGGCCUUGAGGAGGCUUAAUGGCUCCAACUCACAAAUUCAAGAUCUCGACCAACUUCAUCCCACCUCCACCGUUUCAAAGCGGUGCACCACCUCCGCCGCCGCCACCACCAACAAGAGGUCGUUGAAAGAAGGUUCGAUAUCUGGUGGCACGAUGAAGUACCGUGGUGUCCGCCGCCGUCCAUGGGGCCGUUACGCAGCGGAAAUAAGGGACCCUCAGUCGAAAGAGAGGCGGUGGCUUGGAACUUUUGACACGGCGGAGGAGGCAGCCUGUGCCUAUGACUGUGCCGCCAGAGCCAUGCGUGGUGUGAAAGCAAGAACCAACUUUGUUUACCCUACAUCUCCGUUACCCACGGCGGAUGAUCUUAUCCGUCCGUAUAGCUUCACGAAAUCAUCCCAGCCCUCCAUUUGGGACCUGAGUUCUCGCCAGUUUGUUUCAUCUAACCCUAAUCUUGUGGACUUCCAUGAAUCUUCUUCAUCAGCUGGAACGCAGAGAGGCAAUUCUCUUAAUAUGCUUCUUCGUGAUUUUCUCAACUCUAGUUCGAACAAUUCAUCUUUAUAUUCUUACGAACAAAUUCCUACUUUCAGUUCUUCUGUAAACCCUAACAAUGGAUUUAUGGGAUCUUCUUUGGCAAAUCUGUCGGGCAAUACAACUUUUCAAUCCAGUACUGUUAAUGCAACCAUAGUUUCAGAUCAGAACUUUAGGGGUGGUUCAAAUUUGAGUCUACAUGAUCAAUCAACUUGUUUAGGGUUUUCAUCAAGAAAUCCAAUCACCACUGUUGAUAACGCUGAUUGCAUGGAUUUUUUCCUCCCGGAGAAGCCUGAUUCCGGCUUAUUGGACUCUGCCUUACAUGGGUUUUUCCCAAAACCUACGGCGAUGAAGACUGAUCCUCCGCCGUCGUUUACUUAUCCUGCCACUGAAUUUACUGCAAAACAAUCACUGGAAGAUGGGAAAAAGUCUUUUGGCAAUGACCGUUUAGGGUUUGCGUAUGAAGGCCAAAGAUUUCCUCAACAGUUUCAAAACUUGAAAAGCACUUCUUUUGGCAUCGAAUCAAAUUCUACGCCGGUGUACACUGAUUUCUCGGCCAACAUUCAGGCCGCACCUACCAGAAUGUUCUCUGAUAUCUUUCAGUAUCCUGAUGCACCUGGACUCUUCUCUGCUAAGGUGCAGAAUUCUUGA